UCUCGUUCCCGUUGUUGUGCAUGGAUCGGAGAUGUUGUGGACUUCUUUGUGAAAGUCAGUGUUUCAAUAUGGAAGCUCGCAGAAUGACAGUGUUUGUUUUGCUGUUGCUGGCUUUGAUUUCCGUAUUGGCGGAUGUCGUCGCUUUUCGAGGCGGAGUAGGAGGUGCCACUGUGCAUGGUCGGCUAGUGGUCUGUUAUGUUAGCACAUGGGCCGUGUACAGAGCUGGUAGAGGUUCAUGGUCUCUAGACGACCUCGACCCAACCCUCUGCACUCACCUGGUAUAUGCCUUUGCAGGACUUGACAACAGGACCAACACCAUCCGGAGCCUUGAUGAAUAUCAUGACCUCGAGGACAACUAUGGCAAAGGCACAUACAAGAAGAUGACAGCCCUGAAGAACCGUUACCCACAUCUCAAAGUAUCACUAGCUAUAGGUGGCUGGAAUGAGGGUUCAGCAAACUAUUCCAUCAUGGCAUCAAAUCCUACCAGCAGACAGACUUUCAUUAACAGCGCAUCUGACUUCAUCAGAAAGUAUAAUUUUGAUGGCUUGGACUUAGACUGGGAGUAUCCAGCAAAGAGGGGUGGAUCCCCAGCAGACAAGGAGAACUUUGUACACCUUGUGAGGGAGUUGCGUGAGGAGUUUGACAAGCACGGCUGGCUGCUGACAGCAGCACUCGGUGUGGGACAGGACACAGUUGAUGCAGCAUACAACAUACCAGCACUUAGCCGGUACCUGGAUUACAUGCAUGCCAUGUGUUAUGACCUUCAUGGCUCUUGGGAUAACCGUGUUGGUGCCAAUGCACCCUUGAGAUCCUCACAGCCGGAUGAUAAGCUCACUGUGGAAUAUGCCAUCAAGUACCUGCUCAAGCAAGGAGCGCCUCCCCGAAAGUUGGUACUGGGACUGCCACUGUAUGGCCGCACAUUUCUGUUGGAGAAUGAGGAAAACACGCUUGUGAUGGGUGCACCUACAGGUCCUAAAGGGUUCCCAGGGCCUUAUACCAAAGAGGAUGGCUUUAUGGGCUAUAAUGAGAUUUGUGUUAACAUCUCAGAUGGCUGGAAGAUAUUCUGGGAUGACGAUACCAUGACACCAUAUGCUGUGCAGGGUGACAAAGUAAUCACAUAUGACGAUGAGCGUAGCAUUGCGGAAAAGGUUAAAUUUGCCAUGAAGCUAGACUUGGCUGGUACAAUGGUUUGGUCAGUUGACACUGAUGACUUUCGUGGGGAUUGCAUCAAUAACAGUGGUGGUGGCUCUAGUAACUACCAACUCAUGAGGACAAUCAGCAGGACUAUCACUGAAACACUGAAGGAGAAGCAGGAGCAAGAUGAUCAGCAUCAAACAGAACGCACCACGGAGCAGGGGCUGUCAGCAGCUCCAAAGUUUCAGGCAGUGCUGUGGGUCAUAGUUGCCCUCAUUGUGGUUCAGCACAGUGCUGCUGUGUGAGGGCUGGAGCUGUCCAAAUGCUUUGACAUACAAAAUCGAACUCACCUGACAUGAAAACAAAAAUUAUAAGUAAUGAGACUGAAAUACUUAUGAUAACUGAAGUGCUCAUGCAGGGUGACAAUUGUAACUCAAGACAGUCAUGAGGUACAGAGCUCAAUGCUUCAUUGUGUUAAAUGUUAUACUUUUCAUUCUUAAUAAAGAGACCACUGUCACUGCAGAAUAUUUUAUGCUGCCCAGUCUGAGGCAUAGCUUGCAAUAUCAAACAGGAAUGAAGGAUUCAGAUCACCUUUUCUACAGGGCUGGCAGCCAGAUUUUAACUUUGGUGGGGAUGUUUAGUUAGUAAUGGUAUUAGUAUUGAAUAAAGAUAUAUCUUUGAAUCUAUUGCUAGUAAUAUUGUACUAAAAGUAUCUGAAUUAAAAUACUGUGCCAAAUUCUGUAAUAGUAUAAAAAAUUUUAGUCCAAAAAAUGUGGUAUAUUGUUCUUGUAUGUAAAUCUUAAAAUAAAUAUGAGGAGAAAAUGA